GGCGAGUCUAUGCUGGCAAGUGUUCGAGCUAUAGGCAGCAAGAAGGCAUUGUCGAGGAUGGUCUCGACCGAGGCAACAUCGAGCGAUGCAAGACGUGCACAGGAGGCCAAGCUGAGGCGAGACUUCCGGACCGACACGAUCACCUUUCCAACCGAUGAAGUCUUUGAACUGAUGCGGCAAGCAACACGCGGUGAUGACGUGUAUAGCGAGGAUGCGACGACGCUGGCGCUGCAGGAGCGUAUCGCCAAUUUGGCCGGCAAAGAACGAGCGCUCUUUUGCGUGUCGGGCACUCUCUCGAAUCAACUCGGGAUACGCUCGCACCUGAAGCAGCCGCCGCAUUCGGUGCUCUGUGACGUGCGCGCUCAUGUCUAUAAAUACGAGGCGGGCGGGAUCGCAUUCCACUCGCAAGCUCAGACGAUCACCGUCAAGCCCAGCAAUGGACAUCAUCUGCGCUGGUCCGAAGAUAUUGCGCCCAAUUUGCUCGAGGAGGAUGAUAUUCACUAUGCGCCGGUCCGGCUGAUCUGCCUCGAGAACACCUUGAUGGGCACCAUCUUCCCGCUCGACGAGGUGCGUACGAUAUCGCAAGAGGCGCGACGGAGAGGCAUCCUUAUGCAUUGCGACGGCGCCCGGAUCUGGGAGGUGGUCGCAAAGACCGGUCUCCCUCUAUCAGAGCUUCUCGAACCGUUCGACAGCAUCAGUGUCUGCAUGAGCAAGGGAUUGGGCGCACCAGUCGGAAGUCUGCUCAUCGGCGCAAAGCCAUUCAUCGAUACCGCAAGACGCUUCAGAAAGCUUUUCGGUGGCGGUAUCAGGCAGAGUGGCUCGCUAGCCGUUGCAGCUCAAUAUGGCCUUGAUUUCGUCUUGCCGCAGCUAUCAAGGGCGCAUAGUUAUGCAGAGAGGAUUGCGACGGAGCUGCAAUCGCUUGGUGUGCGUCUCAUCGUGCCGACAGAGACCAACAUGGUCUGGAUCGAUCCCACGCCGCUCGGCUUUGGCCUCGACGUGCUCGAUCGAAGAGCGGCAGACAUCGACAUCACGCUCGGCGGAUCUCGCAUCGUUAUCAGCUUCCAAACUGACGAGCAAGCGGUGACUGAUCUGAUCGAUCUGGUGACUCGUCUCAAGAAGGAGUACGCCGGGUCGACUGCCGAGCAUCCGAUACAGGGCCAACAGCAGACGCUGAGCGGCGAGCAUAUGGCUAUCAAGCGAAAGGGAGUGCCCUACUCGGGCAAUUGAGCUAAUCAACAGCUCGUCUCUUGCCCUUGUCGACGACCGUCGGUGCUGACGAAGAGAGCGCGCCGUCUCGCGUGCGCAGCUUCUGGAGCAGUCUAGCCUUCUCGGCCGUUUCUUCGACGAACAAUUGCAG